AUUACCCAGAAUGCACCGAACAGGGUUAGAGGUUAUUUGUACAUAACAACUAGGCCAUCAGCCUCUUCUUACAGAUUAAACCGGACCAUUGCCCUCUUUAUUGAGCAACAUUUGUUAUCUUCUAGACACGCCUGAAAGCGGGGCUCCCUGCCACGUCUAAACCCGUGUGAAUGAGCGACAGCCACGCUGCAGCUGAGCGGAAAACCCGACGUGUUGCUGAACGAAACAACCAGCCUGUCGCGCUCGACUGCUGCGGAGGUCUGAACAACGUGGAUUACUCCAAGAUGGACUUGAUGCCUAUAGAGGAAUUCAUCAGACACAUUAACUUUCAUGACCCCAGCUUUUGCAUAGCAGUGCUUGCCAUCAUAUUCAACCCUCUCUUCUGGAAUGUGAUGGCACGAUGGGAACAUCGUACACGGGGACUCUCUAGGUUCUUUGGUGGCCCCUACCUGGCCUGUUGCAGUCUGGGACUGGUCAUCAUACUGCUCAAUGUUUUCCGAAGCCACAGUUUGACAGUGGUGAUGAAGACUCAAGCCAGAUGGGAGCUGAUGGAGCGAACAGAUGUUUUCUACUUUGGGAUCUCUCUUAUAGUUCUUGGAACUGUACUGGUGGUCAGCAGUUUUCUCGCUCUGGGAUUCACUGGAACUUUUUUAGGUGACUACUUUGGUAUAUUGAUGGAUGAGAAGGUUACCGGUUUUCCCUUCAAUGUCAUAGAGAACCCAAUGUAUUGGGGCAGCACAGCCAACUACCUCGGCCUUGCACUCAUUGGUGCCAGUCCUGUUGGUUUAGUCCUCACUGCUAUAGUGGCCUUGGCGUACAAAGUGGCCAUAAGAUUUGAAGGACCAUUCACGGAGCAGAUCUAUCUGCAGAGAAGUCAGCGCCGCAAACAUGAAUGAUCGUAUCCCUCUCCUAAUCUUUGUGUGGCUGAGGAUCCCCAUCCGGGCAGAUGGACAGAUGGACAGACACCAGCUUUAGCCAUUAAUUGACUGUUUGAGUGGAACAAAAGAAAAUGUCUGCAGAUGCAUCUUAUUUCUUUAAAUGAAUCAGUAGGCUAAAUGCCAUUUUCUUCAUGUAAUUCUGCAACACUUGCCUGAAACAUGCUCUACUUACAACAUCAGGUUAAAGGAAUGGAUUUAUAUUGUACAGGUAGGAAUUUGCAUUAAACAGUUUAGAGGAUAUCGUCAAUAUUUUUACAGUUAUUACAUUGCCUCGAACAAUUAUUUCCAUUAAAUAAACCUUUGUACAUUUUAUCACAUUAGAAUCACAAACGUCUGUAUAUUUGGUUGGGAUGUUGUUUGAUAGACCAACACAAACUGUUGCAUAAAUCAGGAAAAUGA